CAUCCCUUUGUGGAUGUCUUUUGUUCUUUAAAGAAGUGCAGGUGACUUGGUGCAUUAAGGUGCUCAGAAAUUGAUGGAUGUUGAAGAAAAUUUCCAGUGUGCUACAAAUUUACGUGAUACCGUUUUGUGAGCAAGAAGAUUUUUUAAUUACAUCAGUGCUCCAAGAUACACGGAAAAGUAUUUCCAAGUAACCUUGAAGAUCCUUUGAAGUCACUGAAAGGCUGAUCAUUGAGAGCCAUAAUGGCAGACACAGGAGAUGGACCACGUUCAGGGGAAGAUCUGACAGAUGCAAAAUCUAUUCCUGGUUCCAAAGGGAAGAACCUACCUCCUAGCAAGUCGAUGGACUCUGGAAUUCUGCCAGAAUACAGUUAUAGAAUGGAUUAUCCAGAGAUGGGGCAGUGUAUAAUAAUAAACAACAAGAACUUCCACAAACACACGGGGAUGUCAUCCCGUUCGGGUACAGACGCAGAUGCUGCAAGUGUCAGAGAAGUUUUUAUGAAGUUGGGAUAUAAAAUAAAGAUCAACAAUGAUCUUUCAUGCGAGGACAUUUAUAAAGUAUUGAAAAAUGUGUCUGAAGAGGAUCACAGCAAGAGGAGCAGUUUUGUUUGCGUGUUGCUAAGCCACGGCGAGGAAGGAUUAAUCUACGGCACGGAUGGCCCUCUGGAACUGAAAGCGCUAACGAGCCUUUUCCGAGGGGACAGGUGCAGGAGUUUAGCAGGAAAACCCAAGCUCUUUUUCAUUCAGGCUUGUAGAGGGACAGAAUUAGACUCCGGCAUUGAGACAGACAGUGGAUCAGAGGAAACGAUGUGCCAGAAAAUACCUGUAGAAGCAGACUUCCUGUAUGCAUAUUCUACAGCUCCAGGCUAUUACUCCUGGAGGAAUGCAGCUGAAGGCUCCUGGUUUAUCCAGUCCCUGUGUAAGAUGCUGAAGGAACAUGCCAGGAAACUGGAACUCAUGCAGAUUUUGACUCGUGUCAAUCGCAGAGUGGCCGAAUACGAGUCCUGCUCCACUCGCCAGGAUUUUAACGCGAAGAAGCAGAUUCCCUGCAUUGUCUCGAUGCUCACCAAAGAAUUUUACUUCCCUUCCUAAACGAAUUGCACCUUGGAAUUUUUCAGUUCAUGUUUUUAUCUGUAAUUUAUAUGCAAUGUUAGUACGGAAUACCACUUUUGAAUCUGAAUUGCUGUUCACUACUGCGUGUGGCAUAAUGACUGUCUGAAAGUUAGAUAUGUCCGUUAUUAGAAGUAAAACAUAGUCUGGCUAUGGUAGGAAGGCAAGUUUGAAAGUACUGCUCUAAGUAUCUCAAAAAAUUAGGCAGAGCAAACUGGGGAAAAAUCAGAUCACUUAUCAGAUCUAUUUGGUGCUACAUUUCACUUCACAGAAGGGGCAGAGAAAAGAAACAGUUCUUGUAAAUAGUUUGGUUCUGUCUCUUUGCCAAUAGGAAGGAGAUUGAGAACCUGAUACGUUCACUAAUGAUGGCAAUAUGAUAGCAGUGUUGUCUUACAUUUCUUCUUAACUCCAGUUCUUAAAGUUUAGGUUAUAAACUAACCUAGACUGGUUUUAUAACUUUAGGAAUCAACUGGGGAAAACAGCCACUUCAUUUUUUACAUACAAUUAGGAAGAGUAUUUAGAAUGCAGUCAGGUUUUUUUUUCUGGGUCAUUUUAUAACUUUUCAUAUGGAGUAUUAGGUAAAGCAAUUAUAGCAACACAGUAGCUGUUUCAAAGUACAUUUUGUAUUCUGGCCUUGAAGAUGAGUGACCAAGGGACCAGUCUCCCUAAAUGUCUCUCUGCAGCUCCCGAGGGGGGAGCUGUUGGGGCACAUUUGGGGCUGUGAGAAUGGGGGCAAAAGGAAAGCAGACAAUUGAGAAUAGAAGCUUCCUCUUUCUGGCCAUAAAUAAGAGCCAGGUUUGCUUUGUGCUGUGUGCAUACCCUGUGGAAACCCAGAUUUGUGGUGCUGGAGAAAUUUAACUUCUUAACCCUGAUAUCAUUUGAGUUGAUUACAAGACUUUAGCUAAAUUAUGUUAACAAACAGUAAAUUUAUACCUCAACUCUGAAUUUUGUGGAACCGGCUUUUACAAAAUCGUAAAACGUCUUUGUUGAUGUUUCAGCUUGUGGCAGUCUCUGUAAGAUCAGAGGAGGAUGGAGUGGUAAAUGACUAUAGAGUGCUUGCAAAACGAGACUUAAAACUCUCUUAAAUUGUGUAGAUAAACAAUGUUAGCAAAUUGAUGUUCACUUCCAGAGGCAUUUGGGGUUUUUUAACUUAAAUUAAAUACUGUUUCCUAAAUUGUA